AUGCUGCCGGAGGGGCUCACCGCGAGCCUGGUGACCCAGAACGUGCGGCUGGCGGCCCUGGCAAAGGCAGGGCACUGGGCUCGGGCACUCGAGGUGCUUGUCGCCAUGAGGGAAGCAGAGGAAGCGGAGGCACGCAAGCCGGACUUAGUCAGCUUCAACACCACCCUCCAAGCCUUGGAGAGUGCAAGCAAGUGGGAGCAUGUCCUGGCACUCUUACAGGAGACUCCCGACCCCGAUUUGCGAUCUCUGGGCAGUGCCAUCACAGCCUGCGCCAAAGGUGGCGACUGGCACAGGGCCCUGUCCUUGAUGAAGAGCAUGCAGGAAAGGCUUCUGACUCCGGAUCUUCCUUGCCACACCGCCAUGCUCACUGCCUUCCGAAGGAGCCAGUCGUGGGCGCUCGGUCUGCAGUAUCUCAAACAGCUACUGGAGACAGAGAAGUUGGAUGCAGUGGGCUACGACGCAGCUUUGGGGAUUUGCGAGGCGGGGUGUUGGCAGGAGGCUGUUUGGGUGCUGGAGGAGUCCCGAUCGCAAGGAUGCCAGCCAACUGUGUCAGGCCUUUGUAGUGCCAUCGCCGCACUGAAAGCCUCUGACUCUCCAGCUGCGCUUCCGUAUAUAGAGUCCCUGUACGAAGAGAUCACACAGCACGCUCUGCAGCAGCUGGAAGAAAUGCGAGUGGACUGCCAGUCGGAUGCUGCAAUCAAGCUUCGCGUUUCUCGGGGCGUGCAGACCGUCUUGGCGUUGGACGCCUUGCACGCGGAGGGCCGCAGGUCUCAGACAUUGGAGGAUGCCUUCCGCGAAGUCGUCUUGCGCCCUACGAUGCUGGAGUUGCAACGCUCUGCCUCGAAAGAAAGCUCAAAGCUUGCCGGGCAGCAUGGGCUCGGGGUCCUUUUUACGGGAGAGGCCUUGCUGCAGCUGGGCAUCGCCAGCGGCCACGAGGACGAGUGGCUCGUAACAGCAAAGACGGCAAUCGCCGCUGCCCUCGACCGGAGCUUUCCGGGAGGCUUGCCGAAGGAGGCCUCCGCCCGGCAGCUCUUUUCAUGGGUCUCGCACCUGGUGUUUCAACCUGCCGAAUCCGGUGAUGACUCGGCAGCCUCCGGGUCCGGCCAACCCCGCCGAUUUCGCAGCAACGGCGAGAUUGUUGCACACGGGCUGCACCGGUGGCCUGAGGGCUCAGAUCUCUUGCGGCCGAUCUUCUCCUCCUACGACAGGUCUCAGCACUCUGAGAGGAGGGCCUUGCUCAAGGUGCUUCAGAGGCUUCUCGAGCAAGGGGCCUCCCCAGGUGCGACGGGCACUGUGCGACUUUUCUCCUGCCACACCCCCUGCGUGUCCUGCUUAUCCGUAUUCACGCAGUUCCAAGCUCUCUUCCCCAAUGUCCGCUUGGUUGUGGCCUUCUCGCCAUGGGCUGAGACUCGGGCAUUCUGGCAGGAGCGCAUCUACUUCCUUGACUUGAUUUCCAAAGCCGAUGAAAUAGCCCAGGAAGCAGGAGGCCUAAAAGCCUCACAGAAAGACGGACCGAAGUCGAAACCAGAGGAAGCUCCUCCUGGUGACGAGGGGAAGGGGAGCGCUUCCCCCAAGGAGGAGGAGACGGGGCCGGCAGCUCCCGAGGCCUCUAAACCUUCUCAAGAGGCAUCGGCUGAGUCCCGAGAAAAGGCCAGCGACGAGCAGGAGAGCAAAGAAGAGCCAGGCCCCCCGGCGAGCAAAGAAAGCGAGCUGAAGGAAGCCAAGGAGAGCAAAGCUGCCAAAGCAGCCAAAGAAGCCAAAGAGGAAGUCGUAGCAAGGAGAAGCGAGAUCGCGACCGCGAUAGAGACCGCCUGGGGGCGGAAGAACACUGAAAAUGCUCCGAAUCGGUAG